AUGGAUUUUAGAGGAUUUGAAGAUUUAAAACCAAAUAAAUUCAGAAAGGCAUAUGAGGAUGUAAAAAGAGUUGGUGGGUUUUUAAACAGUCACAAAUUAGGUGUGUUCCUUGUAUCGCUUAGUGGCGGUGUUGCUUUCCUUUAUCACAACAUAACACAAUCACAUAAAAAAUCAUUGAUUCAGUUUGCAAAGGAAAGAGUCGAAACAUAUUUUAAUGCAACCCAAAACCUAUGUAAUAGAGAAACCGAAUCUAUAUUUAUCAAAUUUAUUGACGAAAGAAAAUUUUUAGAAAAAAUCGAAACUCCAUCAAUUGCUUCAAUUAGGCAACAAAAAGACCCACAAGAAAAACAAAAAUUAACUGAUCAGCUAAAAGUUUCAAUUAUUACCAAAUUAUUUUCAGUAUUAUAUGUAAUACCAUUAAUUAUAGUUUUAAAUAGAUUGCAAAUUAAUUUAAUUGGAAAAUACUGCUAUUUAGACUAUAUACUUUAUAAAGAUCAAGAUGUUUCAAAAAAUAGAUACAUAAACCAAAAAACUGAAGAAAACUUUAUCUCUUCAAAAGAUCACUGUUAUUUCUUUGAUAAUAAAUUUUCACAAUUCAUAAAUCUAAUUCAAGAGCAAAUUAAAGUUUCAUUAAAAGAUUGGAAAAUUGAUCAGCAAUCAAGUUUUGAAGGGAUUUUAAAAUUAUUAAUAAAUAUUAGAGGAAAUUUUGAAAAGAAAGAAAUAUUAACAUCAACAACAUCAGAUAAAUCACUAUUAUAUUAUUUAAUUCCAAGCGAAGAAGAAUUUAAUGAAAUUUUAAAAACACAUAAAACACCAGAGAAUGACAAUGAUAUUCAGUAUGAAUAUUUAGCAAUGUUGUACAAUGAAACCAGAAAUAUAUUUGAAAGUCAAAAGUUUUAUGAAAUGUUUAAAGAAUGCAUCAAUGAAACCUUUUUAGAGUUCACCCAAUCUUUAAGAGCAGAUUUUGAAUCACCAGAACUAAAGAAUAAAAUUGAUCAAAUUGUUUUACCAGAUUUACCAAUCGAAAUGGAAAUUCCCAAGCCAUUAGCCACAAUGCAUAAUAUUGUUCUUUUACCAAAGAUUAAUAAACAAAUUACCAAUAUUCUCGCCAAAAGAACAUUAAUUGUAGAUAAACUUUCAACCUUUAGUUCCAUUAAAAAAUUAAACUAUUCAAUUUUAACAAAUGAUUUGGAUUUCAAUAAACUUCAAUUCAAUUAA